AUGUUGUUUUCUCUUUACCGCCUCACGUGGUUGUGUCUUUUUUUUUUCUUCUUUUUUUUUUUUGUUCUCUGGCGGUGUGGGUCUCUUAGAAUGAGGAGAACAACUGCCGUUUUGUGGCAGCAUGGGGUCCACGUCCCUCGCGGGGUUGUUUACCACGGCGCCAAGAUGAAGCAUUGGCCGGAGCAGAAAGUACCUGACAACUUCAAGUUCACGGAGGAACAGCGCUUCAGGACGAAGGCCAUCCCUCGAGACUUUGGGAAGAUACCCCGCGACUUUGUCCUCAGCGUGCUUUAUCGCCACCAGCCGUGUGAGGUAAGUGGACUUUGGGAGCACUGCACCAGCGACCCUGGAGUUGUCCUUGACAGCAAACGACACCUGCGUGAGGUACUAAAACAGGCAAGGGAGGAGGGUUUUGUGAGUUUCGAGCGGGACCCCGUUUCCAACGAAUGGCUCUGCUUCAUCACACGGGAACGUUUUGAGGAGGUGCGACAGAUUGCUGGAGCAAAGGCUGAGGCGUCUGAGGUCUAUUCGGGGUUGCGUGGCUCUAGUGCAACAGAGACGUCGUCAUACACGGAGCGUUUUAAGGAGAUGAACGAAAUGGCAAGGGAGGAGCAUGCACGUCGUCUUGAGGAGGAGGUGAAGACGACGACGAAACAUCUGCGCUCCUUUCAGCGGAAGGAGGUGGACUACCUGCCGUACACGGACCUGAACGGAAAGGUAAACUUUAUGUGGUGGUAUGAGACAAGGGAUGUGCAGCAGAGGGGAGGAGAUGCGAUCCCCGCGUCUAGCAGAGACACGUUGCCGAGUGACUCCGGUGAUGGCCCCGCACGUCUUGAAGGAUGA